AUGAGUAGUAAAACAAGUGAUGAAGGUGAAGUAUCGCCAAAUGAAAAACAAAAUGAAGCUAGUGGCACCGAUCAUCAUCAUGAUCAAAUAGUUGCAAAUCCAAAUUCGUCACAUGAAAAAGAUACGGGACAUGGAGAUGAUGAAUCAGUUAUUGAAAGCGAACAACAUACCCACGAUAACCCAAAUGAAGCCAAUCAUAAAGUUGAACAAUUCAUAACUGAUGGUGAUCAAGUAACACAUAAUACCGAAGAAACUCAAGCCAGUGUGGAUCAUCAACAAAUAGUAUCAUCACAGCCGACUACAACAUCAACAAGCGAUCAGCAUGAAGACGUAUCAACAACAACAACAACAACAACGACUGAUUAUCAGAAUCUUCCAGUAGUUGAUCUUAAUGCUCCAGUUUCAGUUGACGAAGAGAAAACCAAAGAUGAAAACGAGACAUUAAAUGAAAUAGAAAAAUCAUCAACGGAAUUAGUUCAGGAUACACAAGAAAAAGUUGAAGAAAGGACAGAUGACAUUAAAGGUUUGAAUUGUUUAUUGGACAAUUUUUGUUUUGUCUACUCUAUCAUACUAAAUUCAUCGCAAACUACAUAUGCAAGGUUUUGGAACACUGAGAGUAGUCAAUCUUCGUUUCGUUGAAUUGUUUACGUGUAUCUCACUUUUUGAUGUAAUAUACACGCGAUAAAUCCAAAACAAAAUAUUUUCAAAAAUAACGAGUUGUUUCCGUAACGUCUCAACUGAGAUACAAUCCAUAUUUUAAUCAAGUAUCUCAGCUGAGAAACCAUUAUUUCUGCGAAAAUAUUCGUUUCUCAACUGAGAUACAUUUGAUAAAAUAUGGACUUCGCGAAUUUUUCAACUGAGUUACAAUUUUGAUACGUGCGUUGAAACG